UCCCAGCGCCCCAUUUUAAAAACGCUUAGUUUAUUUUAGUUAUUAAAAAACGUAAUUGUCUAUUACCACAAAAUCCUUUAGCUACAUAUUUUUAGAUUGUGCGGCAACACUAUCAUGUGUUUUGUUUUCACCAUAACCUCACUUUGUUUUUCAAACGUGUGAAAGAAAUUUGGUGUUUUGUACAAUUUGCGAUGUCGCGAAAUAAUAAGUAAGUUUAUGUUGUUAUAUCUUCAAGUUGUGAUAUUUUUGUGUUAAAGUUUAUAAAUUUAUCUUUGUUGAGUGGAAAAGUAAAGUCAAAAGUGGUUUUUAUUGGUUCUGUGAAGUUUUGUAAGAGAUAUUUUGUGACGCCCCAUUUUUGGGGCGCUGAGCACAUAUGCCCACAUGUUUUUUCAUAAACUUUUUGUUCACAUUUGUUAAUUUUCAGUAAAUAUAUGACACAUUUUUUCUUUCCGAUUUCUUUUUUUUUCUGCUUUUUUUAUAUUUUACGGAAAUUCCAUAACUGAAACUCACUAUUCAGGUUAACUGUUGCUGACAUAGUCGAUAUUUUGGAGUAUGAAGAAGAUAUUAUAAAUGCUUCUGUUUACAUUUGCCCUCCUGAAAAUCACAUGCUAAGUGAUGGUGACAGUGACGAAGACGACGCCGAAGCAGGAAACUUUAAUCAUCUCUCUGGAAAUCAGCUACGAGCUGAAGGGCAAUUGCAAAUAGUUAGACAAGGUGGUGGUGGAUUGAGGCAUGAAUUUGUUGGGCGGGAAAAUCAGUCUGAUUCGGACGACAGUGAUGACAAUGUUUCUUUAUCUGAACUAAAAAUUGGGAAUCAAGCUCAAGUGAGAAAAUCAAAGAAAAAACCUCUGCCAUAUAGAGAGUGGGAGAACAAGGAUCUUCCAACGUAUGAGAGGCAAACUUGGACUGAACCUGACUUUCUCAACGACUCUCGGAGCCCUGUAGAGUGGUUUGAACUAUUUUAUGAUGACGAGUUAGUAGAAUUGAUAGUACUUAACUCGAAAAAGUAUGCCGUUUACGAGGGGAACGACCAGUUUGACGUAACGCGAGAAGAAAUGCGUCUUGUAAUUGCUAUAUUUUUGUUGAGUGGCUAUUGUUCCUAUGCAAGACAGCGAAUGUUUUGGGACACAGGUGCUGAUACAUAUCACCCUGGCGUUGCCAACUCUAUGACAAGAUUUCGGUUCGAGCAAAUUUUGAAAUAUAUGCACGUAAGCGACAAUACAUUAUUAGAUCAGGGAGAUAAGUUUACAAAGGUUCGCCCAUUGUGGAAUAAACUUAACGCAAGUUGGAUGAGAUAUUUUCCGCGCUUUACGAAUGUAAGUAUAGAUGAAUCCAUGGUACCGUAUUACGGCCACCAUAGCACAAAACAACAUAUCCAUGGAAAACCAAUCCGAUUUGGUUAUAAGAUUUGGUGCAUGGCAACUCGCCUAGGAUAUUUGAUUCAAGCUGAACCUUAUCAAGGAGCCUCCACCGGUAAUACUAAUCCCGAGCUAGGAGUUGGUGGGUCCGUUGUUACGAAUUUGCUGUCUAAACUACCAAAUGGGUUCAAAGUCCACGUCUACAUCGAUAAUUUUUUCACGUCACUUCGUUUGCUAACAGCACUGAAGGAAUCUGGACAUCAGGGAACUGGCACUAUUCGAUCAAAUCGCGUCGAAAAAGCACCUUUGGAGUCACUUCAAAGCAUAAAAUCCAAACCGAGGGGUAGCUAUCAUCAGAUUACUGAUAAGAAAUCAGGUAUUACGCUGGUUCGCUAUAAUGACAACAACGUAGUUACUUUGGCCUCCUCUGCCGAAGGAGUACUACCUCUGGGAUCGGCUCAACGAUGGUCAAGCAGUCAAAAGAAAAAGAUAGGUAUUCCACAACCAUUAUGUAUCCAGCAGUACAAUAGAUAUAUGGGCGGUACUGACCGACUAGAUCAGAAUGUGGGAUGUUAUCGAAUCAGUAUCAAUCGUAAAAAGUGGUACUGGCAGUUGAUGAUGUGGCCUUUGAACGUAUCCGUGAACAAUGCGUUUCAACUUUAUAAACUGUCUCCAGAUGGUCAAGAAAAUCGUUCAUUAGACUAUCUUGCAUUUAUUAGAGUAAUAACUACUACAUAUCUUGGAAAAUACUCCCUUCCACGUACAAUGGGUCGCCCCUUGAAGCCUCGUUGCAAAAGACGUAGAGUUCCAGACGGGGUUCGCCUUGAUGGUCAAGGCCACAUAAUAAUUUCAAAUGCAACUCAAAUAAGAUGUGCAAUGUGCCAUAAAAACACAACUAAAAAGUGUCGAAAAUGUGAUGUUGGAUGUCACACAAACUGUUUUGAGGCUUUCCAUUCAUAAUUUUAUUUAUAUUUAUUUUAAUUCAAUCAAUUAAAAAGUGGUAUCUGAAUUAAAUUUAUAAUUUUCUUUAAUAAAACUGAAAUCACAUCUUAUAUUAACUGAACUACAUAGUAUAUUUUUAGUGCUCCCUGGUGUGGCCA